UCAGGCUCUCCUUUGCAGACACACUAUCCAGUUUCAGUCGCGCGUCGAGCCCUUCUUAUGCAUCGAAACAAACGAAAUGAAAGUUGCUUCGUUGAUUUCUGGUUCCACUGAUUACACUCGCCUCUUCUCCAUUAAGAAAAAGAAACUGACAAGUAGAACACUGGCUAUUGAAAUGUUGAUUAAAAGGACAAUGCGAUGAGGGAAAAGAAGCCAAUUCUUGCAUGGCAAGAACUGAAGUUCUUCAAGAGUUUGGCUCCUCCUCUUGUGGCUGCUUUUCUUGUCUUAUCUCCAAUUUGCACCACUCCACUUUCAAGUGCUCAAGCCGUAGAUUUUCAGAGAGGAGCCACAUUGUUUCGUCAAGCUUGUAUUGGAUGUCACGAUGCAGGUGGAAACAUAAUACAACCGGGGUCAACUCUAUUUACAAAGGAUUUACAGAGAAAUGGAGUUGAUACAGAAGAAGCGAUUUAUCGUGUCACUUACUAUGGCAAAGGACGAAUGCCAGGCUUUGGUAAAGAGUGCAUGCCACGGGGUCAGUGCACAUUCGGAGCUCGUUUGGAAGAUGAAGAUAUCAAGAUAUUGGCUCAGUUUGUCAAGUUGCAGGCUGAUCAAGGGUGGCCAAGUAUAGACACUCAAGAAAAGUGAUUUAAUUCAUGUUUGGUUCCACUUAUUUGUAAAAUAUAACUGUUUAUUUCUUUUAACUUUUUUUUUUGAAAACUUUUGAAAAUAAAUUAUUAUUUAUGCAGUAUUAAGCUGAACAAAACAUGUUGACAUUCCCGUUAAACAACAAUGUUGCAAAAAACUCUAC